AUGGACUCCGCCCACACCGCGCCAGACAGCCACGACAGCCACGACAGCCACAACAGCAAUGAUCUGACUCCAGACACCCACACCGCGGCGCCCGCGUCGAACCUCAGCGAGACAUGGUCCUUUUCCUCGGUCGCACCCGCCGUCGAUAGUCCCAGCAGCAGCACGCCCUAUGUCUCCCUCUUCUCGCCAAGCCAACCUCACGUGCUCCCCACGGCGGCGCCUACUGUCGUGUCGGAAGGCACCAGGACCCAUGUGAGCAGCUUCACCGCGCCCGGCCCGUCACGCUCGCCGCCAUCGCUCGGCUCCAUCUCCAACAUGCCCAAGCGGACGGCGCGUCUGAAGGUGUCCGACUCCCACCCGCCCAUCGUGCAGCUGCACGCCCAAGUUCCUGAGGCAACAAAGAGCGGCGAUGAUCCGACCACCCCGCUCGACAACUCAAGCCGGAAGCGCACCACCAUGGACGUUGUCACGUCGGAGCGCACCACCAUGACGUCCCUGUCGAAGCUGUUCAGCGAGACCACCGUGUCACACUCCCGAGCGCCCUCUUACAAUAACGCUACUGGGCCUCUCUAUCUUCGUGCUUCUAAUGACGCCAUCCCUCUUCCAGACCACCUCUACACUCGCGGCUUGCUCCAAGGCCGACACUCUGACAUCACCCUCAUUGCAUUUGGCCAGCGCUACAACCUGCACCGCCUUAUCCUUGACCGCGCGCCCUUCUUCACCACUGCCCUUUCGGAGCCAUGGAUCGAAAGCCGGUCCAAGGAAGUCACCCUACACCCUGAACAGAUCGACGACAACAUCACCCAAGCGUCGUUCGAGAUGGCAAUCAGGAAGCUCUACGGUGUCGAUAUUUCGCAAGAAGCGGAUGCGGAAGCAGUUGGUCUCUUUGCGACCGGCUGCUGGCUUGAGAUGCAGGACCUCAUCGAUUCAGCUAUUGAGUCGAUUCUUCGCCAGAUGGCUCCGGACACGCUCGCCUUCCUCAUCCGACUUGUCACGACCAACUACUACGGCAGAUCAGGUGACCGAAUUCUUGAGUCUGCGAAGGCUAUGCUCAGUAGGAAUGGUUGGGAGAUGCCGCUCAAGUAUUGGGAUGAUAUGCCCGGUGACAUCAUUCGCGAACUUGUGGGAUCUGACGGCUUCUUCGUCGACAGCGAGUGGGAUCGAUGGGUUCUAUCCAAGCGUUUGCUCGACCGUCGACUGCGCCAAGCUGCGAUGGAGGCCGGCCUGAUGCAGCGUGGCCAAAGACCCGUUCCGCAGGCACCAAACUCACUUCGCUUGAUGGCUGUUCGCUUCGACGGAGUAUACCGACAAAAUGCCCUUACCACGUCGAAUGCAUCCUCAGACAGUCACGGCGACUGGCUUGCUUUGUACACUAACCCUGACAUUGAGCGCAUUCUUGUCCUCCUGGAUGAGGGCAUCCAUUACAUCCACAUGGACUACGAGCAGCUGGAAUUCAUUCGAAGUGCACGUGACGUCUUCGGUCUACCGGUUCUUCCCGAGCGAGUUAUUUCCAGCGCGCUGUGGCAGCAGCUGUCCCUUCGACAGCGAGUUCUGAAUGCCGACGAAUCGGCACAAGAGCUUGGUCUCUGCGACUCACCGCCAGAAGUAGAAACUUUCAAUUCAGGGACUAAGAGUGAAGGUGUAGCAGUGAUCAAGGGCAAACAGAAGGAAGUCUUUACAGUUGAGGAAACGGAGGUUGAGUCUGAUAGCUGGGAUGGUAAUGGUCGGCCGCGAAGAUUCUGGAUCCCGAGCUCCGACUGUAACAUCGUUCUCGGAAACGGUGCUGACCCAGUCGUCACCACAUCGAGCUCUUUCCAGCGUCACGCGAACCGACUGUCAGCUACGAUACAACCGGAGGAUGCGCAAUGGGCAACUGAUUUCGCAUCGACUCCGUCCACUUUCACAAACCCAAAUGCCCGCAUAGAUCAGUCAUUUCGACCCAUUUCAGCAGGCGGAAGCAACGCUGGUCAGCCGAAGCCCAUCUCAUGCACUGAAUUUCCACCAUUCCGCUUCUCUGCAGAGUUUCCGAAUCCUCGCUUCUUGAAGGAGAAGAAGCGCGUCUAUUCACGGACCGUCUCAUAUGCUGGCUCACUCUGGAACAUAUACAUUCAAAAAGUGCGCUCAGCUAAAAACGUGCAGCUCGGCGUAUAUCUACACCGCGCCAAGGACCGUGAAGCAGAAGAAGUUGCACAGGGAAACGGCCUCAAUCAGCAGAACAACAGCUCAGUCGACGAACGCAUCGGUCAGCUCGAGCGCGAAAUGCUGAUGCGCAGCGAGCGUCGCGACGUUCGGCGCAGUGCACGAGCCAUGCUCAACGACCAAACUGGUGAAGAGGACACUAGCGGUAGUGGCGGCGACGCCGACCCAUCGCUUUUCUCUCCAGUUUCGCGAAACCCGUUAUUCUCAAGCAGUAGCCUUGGUCGCCGCCGUAGCGCCAACACGUCGCGUCUCUCGACUCGAAACUCUAACCUUCCAUCUGUCCAAAACCUCGCCACAUCUCCUCCCACCGACGGCGACUCUCCCGCCUGCCCACUAACUGCCUACUCGUCUCUCUCAGACCCCGAUGCAUCCGACUCAGACGACGACCUACCACCUAAUCCCUCCCGUCUCCGCCGCUCUUCUGUCCCCGCACUUCCGCCCUACGUCGACGGUCGUCCCACCAUCAAGACCUAUUUCAAAAUCUACUCGCCGAGCAAAGGAGGCAGGAUGCUGAGUAUUUACGAGUCUGCACCUGACCGGUUUAAUUUCAGCCAGAGCUGGGGGUGGAAGAGCAGCACGUUGAUGCUGGAUGAGGUCAAUUUGAGUGUCGGAGAUGGAGAGAUGGAGAGUGGGCGGAAGGCACUGAGGGGAGAGGGUAAGUUGAGGUUCAUGGUUGUUAUUGGGAAUUUGUAG